AUGGAGGAGGUCCUCCACCUGGUCUGCUGCGCCUCCAACUCCCACCUCUUCUCGCGCCUCCAGCCCCGCCAAUGCUCCUCCUCAUCUUCCUCUUCCUCCUCCUAUCCCUCUUCGUCUUCUUCUUCGCCCUCGUCGUCGUCCUCCUUCUCGGCGUAUGGGGGCCAUGACCGCCGAACCUCCCCCGCUCGGGCCCUCCGCUGUAGCAGCGUCUUCCAGGAGAACAGGACCCUCCCGCUGCCGAAGAAGCCCCCGAAGCCCGCCGGCUCCGGCGACGACCUCGACGGCGGCGGCGGCGGCGACGACGACGGCGGCGGGUUGUCCUGCUUGCGCCCGGAGAUGCCCCGGCCGAAGGACUCCACCUUCCAGGAGAAGGUCCUCUUCCUCGACUCCGUCGGCGUCGACCUGCUGGCCGCCUCCGCCGCCCACCCCCUCCUCCUCUCGACCCCCCUCUCCGACCUGCGCGCCACCGCCGACUUCCUCCUCUCCGCCGGCGGUUUCUCCUCCGCCGAGCUCCGCCGCAUCUGCGGCAUGUGCCCGGAGGUGCUCACCGCCGGCGGGCCCCGUGCCCUCGCGCCCGUGUUCACCUUCCUCAUCCGCGAGGCCGCCGUCGACGGCCUCUCCGGGCUCCGCCGCGCCGUCCGCCGGCGGCCCAGGCUCCUGGUCUCCGACGUUGCCACCAGGCUCCGCCCCACCCUCUACUUCCUCCAGAUGCUCGGCGUCGUAGAGAUCGGCCGCCGCCACGCGCCCCUCCUCUCCUGCAGCGUCGAGGAGAAGCUCCUCCCUCGCAUCGACUUCCUCCAGGCAAAGCCCUAA